CGCCUCCCCCCUGGAGAGGGCGGGGGACCAGGCGGUGGCUACAACUGCAGGAAUAUGCUGGAAGCCGGCGGGCGGACGCCCCGGAGGUGCUGAAGGGACAGUUCCCGCCGCCGAACUUGCUCCGCGGCGGGAGGGCGCGGGCGGGUAGGGAGGCUCCCGUGCCCAUUUGGCACGUGAGAGAUGGAGACCAUCUGGAUCUACCAGUUCCGCCUCAUCGUGAUCGGGGACUCCACCGUAGGCAAGUCGUGCCUCCUGCACCGCUUCACCCAGGGCCGCUUUCCCGGGCUGCGCUCUCCCGCCUGCGACCCCACGGUCGGCGUGGACUUCUUCUCCCGCUUGCUGGAGAUCGAGCCUGGCAAGAGGAUCAAACUGCAGCUCUGGGACACAGCGGGACAGGAGCGGUUCAGAUCAAUAACUCGAUCUUACUACCGCAACUCAGUUGGUGGAUUUUUAGUAUUUGACAUUACCAACCGACGGUCUUUUGAACACGUGAAAGAUUGGCUAGAAGAAGCAAAAAUGCACAUACAGCCAUUUCGGAUUGUAUUUCUGUUGGUGGGACACAAAUGUGACUUAGCUUCACAGCGCCAAGUUACAAGGGAAGAAGCUGAAAAAUUGUCAGCAGACUGUGGUAUGAAGUAUAUAGAAACUUCAGCAAAAGAUGCUACAAAUGUUGAGGAAUCCUUUACGAUUUUGACACGAGAUAUAUAUGAACUUAUUAAAAGAGGAGAAAUCCGUAUUCAGGAUGGCUGGGAAGGGGUUAAAAGUGGUUUUGUUCCAAAUACUGUGCAUUCUUCUGAGGAAGCAGUAAAGCCCAGAAAAGAGUGCUUCUGCUGACUUCAAACUUGCCAAAGAACUAACAAGAACAGGUCAAGUGCCCUUUCAGGAUAAAUGCCAACAUUAACAGCAGAAUGAUGCUAUGAAGGCACUAAAAAAAAGUUACAAACCCAUGCUAACACUUUUUUAUAAGGGAUUUGAUUUGGCACCCUAUGCUUACCUGUUACAGUAAAAUUGGGUAUUUUGCUAAAUUAUCAGGCAAAGCAGACAACUUUUUCUUGAAACUGGAGUUUCUACAGAAUUACCCCAUUCUCACCAUUAGCUUAGGGUGACCUUCAUGUCUGAAUAUGUCAAUAUUAUUCAUUUCUCUUGACAGUUUGAAGUGAUUUUUUUGUGUGCAUAUAUAGUCUAAUUGAAAAGAUGUUGUCAGGAAUCACUUUCCCUUGAGUUAAUUUAUUAAUAUUGAAUAGUGAAGUAGCUUUUAAAGUGCACUGUUCUCUUACACAGUAAAUAAUCCCAGAGGUAUCAACUCAGACCAAAAUAGCAAUUCCUUAAGAUACCACUUUUUUAACCAUUCUCUUGAAAUAUUUAUCCUCCCUUAAUUUUGCCUGAACAUAAGAAAAUAAGUUUUAUACUCGUUUUUUUGUUCUCAUUUAUUGCACCUGAUACUUUUGUAAAAAAUAUCUAAGGAUCCAAGCAAAAUAUUUUAUUGCAAAUAUUUGUAGAAGUAAAAAUGAAGGACCACUCAUCAACAAAUGCUUUGAUGUUACAGUAUACUGUCCUUAAUUAGGAAAGAAAAACAAAUUUAUUUAUAUGCUGACAUUUUCAAAGAAAGUAAAUGCAAUUUACCUUGAACUCUUGUCCUAACUAUCAAUAUAGGUAAAUAAGGAAUGUUUUUAGUAAUAGCUUUUUGUCCAGGUAAAUUUCCAGAUUUCCCCAUUUCUAAUUCAAGAAAAGCAUGGAAUAUGGACAAGGAAAAUUGGCUAUGUUUGAUAUAUUUAGAUUUCAGAUUGUACUUAACAGUCUCACCAGUAGAAGUAAAGAUAGAUGAGUGAAGGCUGUAAAAUGACCUUUGAGUUUCUUAAUUUUUAACUUAUAAAUUCCUGUCCAAGAAGGGACACUUUGAUCACAAGGUCAGAUAUUUUAUAACAUACAUUUUUAUUCUGUUCUGUAAACCAUUUCUAAUCACAAAGGGGCACCAAACAAAAUUGCCUUUUGGAGUGAUGAAAUUUUACUGUUAAACUGUAAUAGCUUAAUUUGUUCGAAAACCAAAGUGGUAUGGUAGAAAGAAUGUUUAACAUGAAAUCAGAAAACCUGGGUUCUAAACUUGUCUUUGUUGUACUAGUAUUUGUACAUGAGUAAGUCACUCAACCUUAUAACAUCAGUUUUGUCAACUGUAAAAUGAUGCUAAUAACCCCCAUUUACUGUGUUUCAUGGAAUUAUUUUGAGAACCAAGUGAAUCAUGUGAAAAAGCUUUGUAAAUUGAGAAAGCAUUAUACAAAAGUGAGAUUGUUAGCUGCUCAUGGCCAUAUUAUUUACAAUGGAUGAGAAUUUUUUUUCUCAUGUUCUUUCCUUUCACUCCCACAUACUGCAGCUGGAGCAGAGAAGGGGCAUGCUUUCAGGGACCUGGGGUGAAUUGUUGGUUUGAGGUAUGCUCUCUGCCCUCUUAUCCUAAAGCACUGCUCCUCCACAGUGGAAAUGAUAGAAGGAAGUCCCAGGAAGCUUAAUUCAAUCAAACUAAUGCUGAAUAUGGCUUUUGUGCAUCUUUGAAGUAGGUAUUUAAUUAUAUUUUUAAAUACUUGUACAUUUUCUAUAUUUAUGUAUUUUUCAUAGUGCUUAUGAAGGGAAGAAUAUAAUUAUAACAUCAGUAUAAAUUUUUGAAUAUUUUUGAAUAUUUAUAUUGUCAACAUUUUCUUGAUAUCUUUAAUUUCACUUGAGUGAGUUCAAAUUAUAAUUGACAGGAUAAGAAUAUAUCAGUCCCCCAAAAUGUAACAUUAUCUACUUAUACUGUUUUAAUUUUAAAUCUCAUACUAGUUUUUCCAGUAGUCCAAAUGCCAUACACUCAAAAACUGAAUAUCUAAUGAAAGUUUAAAAUACAGUCAUCUAUACCUACUUGUAAAGUUAAACAGCUAAAAUACAAAAUAUGAUUUAAUUUUCAGUGGACAGUUUUAUAAUACUAAUGUUGGAGUAGACUAGUAUUUGAGCUAUGAUGUGUUGGAAUAGAAUUAAGGAAUCAGUAGGAACGAAGUGGAAGACUGACACAUACAAGGUUGAAUUUGAGCAGCAGCAAGCUUACAGCACUGGUUCUCCUGACACCGUGGGUCAGCUUGUUUCCAUUACCACUCUGUGGGGGUGGGGGAGGCGAGGAAAAGAAGAAAUGUGAUCUAACUGAAUCCACUAAAUACUACAAUUGGCUGAAUCAUUUUGAUGUUUCAGAAGAGAGAUUUGUGGUAAAACAUUAAAAUGAACAAUGACUACAAAAACCUGAGUUCUUAAUGAGAUUGCCAAAUGUCUGUAUAACCUUGGCCAGAUAUCUUUAUCCACAUAUAUACACACAUACACACACACACACCUACACAUAUAUAUGUAUAUACACAGUAUAUGUAAAAUAGCUGACCUAUUUUCUUACACAUCGUUGUAGAGAAUAUGGAUAAUAAUGCCAGAAUAGUGAAAAUAUUUGCUCCAGGCAAAACAUUUUGAUUGAAUGUCUUAGAAGUCAGAUAUCAGAUAUAAUGGAAAUUACUCAUUAAUUUAAAUCUAAACCUUUUUAAAUUUUAACAAUGAGUGAUGUAGCUCAUUACUAAAUCUUUUAAAUAAGUGCAGUAAAAUUGAAAAACUAUCCAGUCAUAAAUUGAACUUGUCCCUGACAGAAAUUGCUCAUCUUGAGUUGCAGUAACACUUUCAGUGCAUGUAGUGAUGUAGUGGUUCAUUAAAUGGUAAACUUAAGCCAAAAUGACUUGUAAUCAGAGUGCUUUAAAAUGUGGCCUUUAUGUACAUAAUAGUAGCAAACAAGAUUUCUUAAGCCUGGAAACUUGAGAGUUUACUCUAGGUUUUGAAAAGCCUCAAAGCAGUCCAUGAUUUUUUUUGUGUGUGGCAACCAAAGCAAUCUUUAUUACUGUUAAGAUAACUUUACCAAUCUAUUUAUUCAACUUUACAUAACUAAAAAAUUGAAGCUAUGGAAUAAUAAAGUUGUUUUAAGAGUACUUUUGUCAGAUUUUAUAUUGCCCAUUUCAAUGAAGUGGGCACUGUAAAUAAAAGCUUCCACUGACUUCAAAGAGUGCACUGUAUUUGACUAACUUCCUCCACUUAGGUCUGACAUAGUGGGAAGGCUUAGAAAGACUAAUGACCCAUCAUCUAACUCUUUUGUUCCCCAGUAACUGCUUGAAGAGAUUUAUGGAAAUGCAGAGGAAACACCUAAUCUUUAAGAAAGAAUGGGAAAAAAAAGAAUAAGCCUAUGAAGGCUUAAAAUUCAAUCACUCAUAUUUUAAAAUAGAACACAUACCCAACCAGAAGCUAAGUCUUGGAAAUUCCACAGCUGAUAAAUAGCCAUCUCUGCUUCAGAAUCUUUCUAAAUCCCAAUGUUUUCACCAAACUUUCCUGAGCAACUGAUCUUCACGUGAUCAUUACUCACUAUUCUCCUGAACCUGAAUGAACUGCUGCAUGACUUGGUAUUUCUAUAAACUUAACAAUUGGUGAAAGUAGACAUGAGUGAUGAGCUAUGACAUGACCCAAUCCAGUUCACUUACCACACAUAAUCAUGGUAUAGAAUAAAUGAAAAAUGUUAAGAUACUGUAAAAAUCAGUGUUCCUUAUUAACUCUGGGUAAAUGUUUUCUCUUCUUUAAAAUAUUGCCUAAAACAUCUAUGUGACACUGCUACUUAUUGGUUGUUAUGUUGAAUUAAUCCUGUUAAGUGUGAGUCCAUAUUACAUGGUUUUGUUAAACAAUCUAUGGAGGAACAAACAAGUUUGGCUACAAUCAUUUCUUGCCAUUUUUUUUUUAGAAUGACAGCCAAUAGAAGAAAGUUACAGUUCAACUUUUUGAAGUAUGUUAUUAUUGUUACUGAUUUUAAAUAAAGAAUACAAAGAAUGAGAGUGAGAACUCUCAUUGU